GCGGAGCUCGCCGUCCCAGGCCUCUGGUUGGCUGCCCCCGCUUCCCUUUCCCGUUCGCGGCGGUGAAGUUCUGGUGUGAAGUAACCGAGCUCUUCGAGCAGGCGCCCAGCACUGGUGCGGCUUGAGUUCCUCGCCUAAGCUCCCGCGGCAGUGCUCAGCCCAGUAUCUAGAAACAGUGUCGGUUUGUACUGUUUUCUCGACUGGUGACAAAUGUUAGCAUUUAUGUUCGCCUCUACACGAAUGUUUUGCUGGCCACUUAGCUGACUUUAUUUUUCUCCGAAACGCGAGAUAGGUUCUUCCCCGGGUGUUUAUAUCCUUAUUUUUCAUGCAAGAUCUUGACAAUACGUACAAAAAAUACAUAAAGAUGAUGACUAAUAUAGUUAUAUUGAGCCUGAUCAUUUGCAUUUCUUCAGCUUUCUGGAUUAUGUCUAUGACUGCAAGCACCUAUUAUGGUAACUUUCAGCCUGUUUCUCCCUGGCGUUGGCUGUUUUCUGUUGUUGUUCCUGUUUUGAUCGUCUCUAAUGGCUUUAAGAAGAAAAGUCUAGAUCACAGUGGGGCUUUAGGAGGGCUCGUGGUUGGAUUUAUCCUAACCAUUGCAAAUUUCAGCUUUUUUACCUCUUUGCUGAUGUUUUUUCUUUCUUCCUCAAAACUUACUAAAUGGAAGGGAAAAGCAAAGAAGCGUCUAGAUUCAGAAUACAAGGAAGGUGGGCAGAGAAACUGGAUUCAGGUGUUCUGUAAUGGCGCUGUGCCCACGGAGCUGGCCCUGCUGUACAUGAUAGAAAGUGGCCCUGGGGAAAUCCCGAUAGACUUUUCCAAACAGCACACUGCUUCCUGGAUGUGUCUGUCUCUCUUGGCUGCACUGGCCUCCUCUGCUGGAGACACAUGGGCUUCAGAAGUUGCACCUGUUCUGAGUAAAAGCGUGCCAAGGCUGAUAACAACCUGGGAGAAAGUUCCAGUUGGAACCAACGGAGGAGUGACGAUGGUGGGCCUUGCCUCCAGUCUUCUUGGUGGAACCUUUGUGGGCAUCACUUACUUCCUCACACAGUUGGUUUUUGUUAACGAUUUAGACAUCUCUGCUCCCCAGUGGCCAAUUAUUGCAUUUGGAGGUCUGGCUGGAUUACUAGGAUCAAUUGUGGAUUCAUAUUUAGGAGCUACCAUGCAAUUUAGUGGUUUGGAUGAAAGCACUGGCAUGGUGGUCAGCAGCCCAAGGAAGGAGGUGAAGUACAUAGCCGGGAAACCCAUUCUCGACAACAAUGCCGUGAAUCUGUUUACUUCUGUCCUCGUAGCCCUCUUGCUCCCAACUGCUGCUUGGGGUUUUUGGCCUAGACAGUGAACUUUAUUUCAUUUACCAAAGUUAAAACUAUGAUGAAUUUAGCUAAGCUUGCAAUUCCAAGUUUUAUCCUGAGAAGAAUAACUGUAAUGACAAAGCAGAAGUGCCAGUCCCUCCUCUAGUCCAUUAUGACGGCAUGCCACAGUCUUCCUCUGUGUGUGUGUUUCUAACAGCUCAUAUCUUCCCAGUGAAAGACAUGACUCAAUUUAGCUAUUUUUCUGCUGCUGAGUAGAACUUGAACAGUGAAGUUAUAAUGUCCCAAUAUAUUGAACUGAAAGUUCCUGCAUGGUAGAUACAAAUUUUGUUUUGUUUAUUUUAAUCAGCAAAGGGACUAAAAGUGAUAACAUUUUUAAAUGGUUGAGUUGUGAUGGAGAAAUGCCUCCCUGCCAGUUACCCAGAUGUCAUAUCCAUUUUAAGCAUUUAAACGAAUGUGUGCGGAAGCCUGCGUAAGUGUAGUAUCCUGGACUUCUCCCGUUACCUGCCACUUACUACUGUAAAAAGUGUGGAGCUUGGUUCCUGGUGAGCUGCAAGGCCUUCUCCACGUUUGUUCUUCCUUCCUCAGAGUUAGUGAUGGAAAAAAAAGUAAAUGUCUUUUUCAUGUGACUAUUAGAAUGCACACAAAAAAGAUUAUUUUUAAGUAAAAGCAAAAGAGAUACCUGAGAUCUAAACAAUGUGCACCUUUCUAUGUAUUUCAGUUGGUCUCUGAGCAGAAGUUAUCUUAAAUUUAAUACCUUUAAGGUGUUUUGUAGCUUUCUUUGAAAUUUGUCUAUGAAUGUGGUUUACAUUAGCAUCUUGACCAGGGAGAGUCACUGGAAAAUUAGUGCAAUUAUUGUUUCAUUCGAUGUCCUAGAAUUCACUGGAAGAUGCUGUGAUUUCCUAUUAAGGUAUUCUCUCCUCUAUUACAGCCUCAACCAAAGUGAAUGCUACUUUCAGUUACGUUCUUCAGUUUGAUGGAAGUGCUAAAGGAGUUUAAUAUAGUAUGGAUUAUUGUGCUAAAAGUAUUUUGAAAUAUCUCUCAUGUGAUUUCAAUAUCUUUCUUCCCCUGCCCCUUGUUCAUUCAUAGAAAAAUUGAGGAGAGAUUCAUGAAUAAGCCACUAUCAGAGUGGAGAAAGCUUAGAAUUCUUUAUUGGUGACUGCUUCAGUGAUUAUCUAGAAAUGACUUGGUUCAGGAAGAAUUUUUUUAAAAACAGUUGACACACUUAAGCCUUAAGACAAACAACUCAGUGGGUCUCAACCUAUCUGCUUUGUGUAUACAUUGACAUCACCUGAGCAUCUUUUUAAAGAAAUACUUAUAUCUGCGCUUCUUCCAAAAAUUCUGAUUUAUGUGGUCUGGGACACAGACUGAGUAUUGGGACUUUUUAAAGCUCUGGCUGCACCUUAGAAUUGUGUUUUUAAACACAAUUUUAAUAGGGAGUUUUUAAAAACACUGUUGUAAAGGCUGCUCUUUAGACUAAGUAAAUCAGAAUGUCUGAAAGUGAGAUCCAUGCAUGGGUUAUUUUUAGAAAACUCCCUAGGAGAGUCCAGUGUUUAAACAGUUUGAGAACUAUGAAAUAAGAAUAUGCUGUCCUUAGUCAUGCUUGACUCUUUACAGCCCUAUGGAUGGACUGUAGCCUGCCAGCCUCCUCUGUCCAUGGGAUUUUUCCAGGCAAGAAUAUUGGAGUGGGUUGCCAUUUCCUCCUCCAGAAGAUCUUCCCAACAUGGGGAUCGAACCCGCUUCUCCUGUGUCUCCUGCAUUAGCAGGCAGAUUCUUUACCACUGAGCCACUAGAGAAGCCCCAAAUUAAGAAUGUCUUUAUACAAAUGUCAAAUCAUUAUGUUGUACACCUGAAAUUAAUGUUGUAUACCUGAAGUUAAUGUUGUAUAUCAAUUAUAGUUCAAUAAAAAUAAAUUAAAAAGGAAUACCCCAUACCUAAAAGUCUCAAAAGAAUGGGGCUUUUCAUUUUUAUGCAGACAGCUAUUAGCAACAGUACUGGGUGCUGUCUUUAUGGAUGGGUAGCUUCUGCUAAUACGGAGCCUUACGUGACUGCCCAGAUCAUUUCUCUGUCGUUUUUUUGUAUGCAGCUUGUGUGUUCCUACAGCUGUUCUAACAUUCCUCUUUUCUCUUCUCCUGGAGAUUUAACCUCAUGACAUUCUUUGGGGAAGACAUACUCAUUGGAACCAUUUUGGGGUUUGGAGGAAUCACCACAUUGGUAACAGUUUGGGGACAUAUGCUUUACAAUCCUUUAUUUGAAAACCAAGGGCUAGUUGUGUUUUGGAAUCAAAAUUUCAGAUUUUAGACAAGUGAUAGGGUAAAUAUAAAAUAUUUUAUGUAAAACUGUGCAAAGAGUCUAGAAGGGCCCCCAUUACCAAAUACACUGAUAUUUCUGUGGUGGAUAUAUGAAUACCACUAAUAAAUGUGAUAACUAAAGAUGCCGAGAGCAUCAGAUCAGGUCAGAUCAGUUUUUGUCACAGAAUUUAGGAAGAAACUCUCUGUUUGCAGAGCAUGUUUGGAUAUGAUAAUUGUAGACUUUUUAAAAAUGUGCUUUUUUAAAAAACAAUUUUCCAUGUAUUAGAUAUUUUACUGUAACCAUAAACAGUUUAUGUAAAAAAUGCUUUUCAUAGAAAGAGCUCCAUGGAGGCAUUUACUAAGUAAUACGUGUACUGCUGCCUACCUAGGCAGCUUAAAGGCAUACAUUCUAUUUCUUGCCAUACUCUCACACAGUAGAAAAGAGCAAGGUAUAUCUGGCUCAGGGCAGCUCCUAAAGGAGAUCUGAAGACUUCAAGGAGUAUUAUUUGAAGACUCAUCAAAGGGAGCCAUUAAGAGAACAGUGAACUGAUAAGGCAUUCCAUUCGUAGCUUUUCUCAUCACUUAAGUUAUCUAUGCUUUGGCCCACGUGCGGAUGGUGGUAGUUUAGUCACUAAGUCAUGUCCAGCUCUUGCGACCCCAUGGACUGUAUGUAACCUGCCAGGCUCCUCUGUCCAUGGGAUUCUCCAGGCAAGAAUACUGGAGUGGGUUGCCAUUUCCUUCUCCAGGGAAUCUUCCCGACCCAGGAAUCAGUAUCUCUUUCUUUUUUCUAGCUGCUUUACCUGUAGGAUGCUGAGUCCAGAAAUGCCAACCUCAUCCCAAUUAGGCAUAGACAGUAUAAAGAACAGUCACGUGAGGUGACAUGUAAACGUUGCCACAUGCCUGCAGUGCAGACAGCUGCUGCCUGUCUGCACCUGGGCAUCCUGGAGCCCCACCCUCUGGUGUUCCUGACGCCACCACAGUGAGAGGAGACUGCUUAGCCAGCAGAUCCCAGGUGACUUGCAAGAGCUUUCAGCGUGAGUGCACAGAUGUGCAACUGCACCAUGGAGUAUUGUUGCUAUAACUUCAAAUGGUUCUGAACAUUUAAAAAAUAAGUGCUCAGUAUAUGUUAAUUAAGUUGUUUGAGCCUAAUCAGCUUUCCCGUUUAAGAGUCGCUAAAAGUUGAUGAUCAGGGACAUACUUCUGGAAGAAAAUUUAAAAACUAGUUUGGUUACCUGAACUUUACAGGACUGCCGUGAUGCCAGUGUUUCUCAAUCGUGUGACACAGUUCUAAUGGCUUUGGAACUAAUGAAUCAGGAAGUGAUUGUAGAAGGGGUAGGGUUGAGGUGGGUUAAAAUGGCAAAGCUCCUGAAUUUAUUUUUUCGGACAAUACAUGUUAAUUCCCUUUCAUUUAUCAUAACUGCAUCCUUCAAAACUUAUUUUAUACAUGUGGCAACUCUUUUUUUAAUGUUUGAAUUUUUUUAAUGUGCAAUUCAUACUCUGAAUCUAUCCUUUUUAAAAAAUUGUAACACUAGAGGUCAACUAAAAUAUCCUUUGCCUCCACUGUCUCCUCCACAAAUCUAGCUUUCUCCCACCUUCAAGAUAACAACUGCUAGAAAUUUGAGAUAUUUUCUAGAUAUUACUUGUUUUGAAUGUCUUUUAAUAUAUAUAAAUCAGUCAGAUUUUCUGAUAAUUUGCACUGUCAUUUUGCUGCUUCAAGUCAGGUACUUAUACCCAAGAAAAACCUAUUUAGGAAAAAU